CUUGCGCAUGUCAGUUUGAGUUAACACGGAGCUCGGAAAUGCGCUAAGGUUUCUUUUUUUUUUUUUUUUUUGGAAGAAAAGGUUGGCUGAAUGAAAUAAGAAAUGGUGUUUCUAACAUUCCCCUGCCAUAUCAGAAGCCGCGGUCCUGACAGAUACUGGAAAGUGCAAGAACUUCUCAAAUAUGCAAGGCAUUUUAGAGGCAGAAAGAACCGAUGUUACAGUUUGGCUGUGCGGGCGGUCACCAGGGCUUUUGUCUUCGCCACCAAAGGUCGGAUACUGAAGAAACGCAACAUGCGUAAGCUCUGGAUAACCCGCAUUGCAGCGGCAACGCGAGAACACGGCCUGAAGUAUCCUGGCCUUGUACACAAUCUAAUAAAGUGUAGCGUUGAACUCAACCGGAAGGUUCUCUGUGAUCUGGCUGUUACAGAACCACGGUCAUUUGCCGCACUAGCAAAGCUGGCACGGGCUCGGCAACAAGAAGGCUUACGUGCGGCACUUGGUGACGGCAGCGAGCCUUCCGGUGUUUUCUCCCGCGUUGUUGUAUUUCAGUGAAGGACUGCUGCUGCUGCUUUUACAGACCUACAGUUAUGUUGAACAAAAACUAACGCUGCUCCUGAUUGUGUCGUCUCUCGUCCCACAAACCACACGCCUUGAGACCAGAGAGUGAACUAAACACCUAGUGCAUCUCUCUGGGUGAAAAAACUUCUAGCUGACUGUUGUGAUGCCUGGCCUGCAUCUCUUACUUGUGUCUUGCAUAAAAAUGUCAUAUAAGGAAAGAUGGUUUCAACGCUGGCAUUUUCAUCCAAAUUAACUUGUCCCUCGCCUUAGGGAUGUUUCUGCUGUGUCUUUGAAGUCGAUAGCAAAACAGUGUUUUCCUCAUGGGCACUUCAGCAGGACAGAUGAUUACUUAUGCUUUGACUUGAUUCCUCUCUUUAAAGGACAUUUUAUUCUCUCACUCUACUGCCCUGCACCCAUCCUGAGAUUGUGACAUUUGGGCACCGUUCAUAUCUGAGAAAAGAGAAUUUUACAAUAACUUUCUGUACUGCCGAAUUACUUUUUUUUUCUUUUCCCUCUAUCCAGGGUGACCUAGUUCCUGUAGAUUAAUGCUACAGUAUGCAUCUCUUAAGGUUAAUUUCAGAAUAUCUCAGACGUGAAUAGCAGUUGUAGGUCCACAAACCCCUGUUCCACUUACUUCCUACAAUUCAAAAAUCCUUGUCAUCUGUACCAGAGUCUCCAUUGCACUGCUGCCAACCACUGCUCCUUUAGCCUUAUUUAAAUCAUCUGCUGUAAGGAGAAUGUGAAUAAAAUCCAUUUAUCCACCUGUUUGUCACAAAAACUUGAGUGAAUCUAUUGUGUUUUUGAAAGUAUGUAGUAAAAGUGAUUUCAAACUUC